UGAGUGCCCCCCCACCCCCGUGUCCCUGCUGUGGCCCGGGAUGGCGCACUGUGGCCGGAAGGACUCUCCGGAGCUGCCGGACUUCUCUCUGCUGAAGAGGCUGGCCCGAGAUCAGCUGAUCUACCUGCUGGAACAGCUGCCGGGGAAGAAGGACCUGUUCAUCGAGGCCGACCUGAUGAGUCCACUGGAUCGAAUCGCUAACGUCUCAACACUGAAGCAACAUGAGGUUGACAAACUCUACAAAGUGGAAUAUAAACCUAUUGUCAGCAUCUCAGAUCAACUCUGUUUUCUGAUCCGGCCAAGAAUACGAACUGUAAAGUGGAUCUGUGAUGUGGCCAAUGCAGACAAAGCUGCAGGAAGAUUCAGAAGAUACAAGAUCAUCUUCACCCCUCAGAAGUUCUUUGCGUGUGAGGCGGUGCUGGAGGAGCAGGGGGUUUUUGGUGAUGUGACCAUUGACGAAUGGGCGUUCUACCUUCUUCCACUUGACGAUGACAUCAUCAGUCUGGAGCUGCCAGAAUUCUUUCGAGACAACUUCCUGGCAGGGGACCAGCGCUGGGUGAGGACCGCCGCCAGCGCCCUGCACCUCCUGCACUCGGUCUACGGCCCCUUCUCAAAGAUCUACGGGAUUGGAAGAUGUUCCAAGAUGACGUACGAGUUGUGGAGGGAGCAGGUAGAAGAGGGAGAAGCAAAAACCUGUCAGGCUGAAAUAGGAAAAGUGUUUCUUAUCGACAGAGAUGUGGACCUCGUCACUCCUCUGUGCUCUCAAGUUGUCUACGAAGGACUCGUGGAUGAUAUAUUUAGAAUCAAAUGUGGAUGUGUGGACUUUGGAGCUGAUGUUACUUCCUCUGACAAAAGUUUGAAGGUCAUGCUGAACUCUCAGGAUAAGGUCUUCAACGAAAUCCGAAACGAGCAUUUCUCCAACGUCUUUGGUUUUCUAAGUCAGAAGGCCAGAAAUCUCCAGACUGCAUAUGAUAAGCGUCGGGGGAUGGACAUAAAGCAGAUGAAAACGUUUGUGUCAGAAGAGUUGAAAGGUUUGAAACAGGAGCAUCGCCUGCUAAGUCUGCACAUCGGUGCGAGUGAAUCAAUCAUGAAGAAAAAGACCAAGCAGGAUUUCCAGGAGCUGUUGAAAACCGAACACUCUUUACUCGAAGGAUUUGAAAUCCGUGAAUGUAUUUCUUUCAUAGAGGAGCAUAUCAACAGACAGGUCUCCAUGAUAGAAAGUCUCAGGCUGCUUUGCCUUCUGUCUAUCACAGAAAAUGGACUCCUUCCAAAAGAUUACCGCUCGUUAAAAUCCCAGUAUCUACAGAGCUAUGGAGUGGAACACCUGCUCACAUUUGCCAACCUGCGGCAGUCUGGGCUGCUGGUGGAGCAGCAGCCGGGGGAAACACUGACUGUUAUGGAGAGCAAAGUGGGUAAACUGGUCAACGACAAAGCUGCAGGAAAGCUGACCGACGCCUUCUCCUCUCUGGCAAAGAAGAGUAAUUUCAGAGCCUUGAGCAAAAAGCUGAACCUGGUGCCCAAGUCAGAUGAGGAAUAUGACCUGCGUGUUCCACGAGACAUGGCUUACAUCUUCAGUGGAGCCUACGUCCCUAUGAGCUGCAAAGUCAUUGAGCAGGUGCUUGAGCGAGAUGGAUGGACGGGGCUUGAAGAAGUCACCAAGCUGCUGAAUGGACACGACUUUUCUGUUACAGGGAGCAACGGAGCGGAUUUAAGAUCAAAGAACGAUGCUCAGCGCAUCGUGCUGGUCAUGUUCCUCGGAGGCUGCACCUUCUCUGAGAUUUCAGCCUUACGCUUCCUCGGCAGAGAGAGAGGUUAUAAAUUCAUUGUGGUAACAACUGCGAUCACAAACAGUUCGAGGCUUAUUGAAGCUCUGCUCAACAACCAUGAGUGAGACGUGUCCUCCAUCAGGCCUCCAUCAGGCCGGACAGGAAGCACUCACACGUCUGAGUGACCUCAUCGUGCUCCUCCCUCCAGCUCCGACAGACAGAAAGUUUCCUCACAGUCUGGUUCAACUGUAAAGAUGUGUCAUGUAAAUACAGUCGAUGUUUUUAACAAA